AUGCGAACCAAAACCCCAUUGAUAGCUAUCUUGAUGGCGCAGGCCGCAAGCUGUGCGGUACAGCCUCGCCAUGAAGGCCACGAAGAACUAGGAGCAUCCGGUUCUGGAAGAAUACCUUCAUCUACAAUACCCAAAACUUCGGUUGUGUAUAUUACAGUGACCGAUUAUGUGACAGUGCCUCCAGCCGUUGGGUCUAGUAUAGUAUCUGCAUCUCAAACUGCAAGCAUCAAAAAGACGACCACAAAGAUUGUUACGGAAACAAUCGUUGUUCCUGCACCUCCUUUUCCAGCGACGGCGUCGAAAAGUGGAAAUUCGAGUCAUGGAGCGAGUAUUUCUUGCGGACAGGGCAACUCAAGCCAAAGCAUUUCCGUGCCUACAAAUCCGGGUGGAUUUGCAACAUCAGGGCUUCACAAUGAGUCUCUGACAUCCUUGGGAUUGGUACCGAGUCGAUCUUCCAGUGUACUUGCAGUCGUAACGGUCCUUCCCACACAGUCGCCGAAAGCUCCCCUCCGGCCAACUUCUGGGGAGGUUGUGCCUUCUACUUCUUAUCCGAACGUGAGCACAUCUUCGAGAGCCUCCCCAAGUAGUCUAGGUAAUCUCACAGAGGGUGUGUCCGCUUCUCCAAAUCCAUCGUCACCGACUAGUAGCACCAUGAGCGUCCUCAUCCCGCCCUUUUCGCAGAGCGUGCCACUCAUUCCAGGCUUCACAUAUCCGGCUAGAGCAUCGAGACCAGCAGUCACGUUAGUGUCAUCAUCAAUCGCUCAACCUACACCAUCAGCUGUUGCUCUUCGCCGAAGACAUUUCGAAACCUUGUCUCCGUUUAAAGACGGAGACGUACAUGUUCUUCCUUACAUUUCAGGCAGUCUCAGUCUCUACCCUCGGAGUGAAGACGGACACAGCACCAUCGUCGUGGUACAAAGUACUCGUUCCUCCCAGACCACUCGCAAGUCCUCAAGCUCGAAGCGCUCCCAGCACUCAACAGCUGUUGUUGUCAUACCUGUCGCACCAUCAACACAACGCGUAUCAACGGUGACAGUUCGACCUUCAGUUUUCACCUCCUUCGUAGGUUUCACAACACCAACUCCACAACCGUCAAUUUUUACUAGCACUGUGGCUCCUGUGGCUGGCUUCACAACAGUCGUUACGCGGGGGAAACACUGCCCAUAUCCUUACCCUGGAGAGCAUUGUAUGCAUCCUCGAACGACCUUCAUUACUUCUAUAAUUGAACCACCAAGCGAGACGCAAGGAUCAGGGAAGAACAAGGGGGCCGAGACUGGAUGGUGCCCAUACCCUGGCCAGAAGUGUUGA